AACAUGACAAGGCCCCUACUAAGCCCAACAUCUCAACAUCGCACCUCCCCUUAAAUUCAGCACCAGCUCCUUCCCCAGAGUUCAGACCAGAGCUCACAAGUAAUCCCUUGCCAAUGGAGCUUCAGUUCCAGAAGCCACAGAGCCAUCCCCAGCAGCCAUGCCACUACCAAGUGCCAGCAGUCACAAAGGAAACCAAGCCCAGAGGAGGGAGGAGCAAGUGCGGCGGCGGAGGCGGCAGCAAGUUUGUGGGCGUCAGGAAGCGGCCAUCGGGGAGGUGGGUGGCUGAGAUCAAGGACACCACGCACAAGAUACGGAUGUGGCUCGGCACGUUCGAGACCGCCGAGGAGGCGGCGCGGGCAUACGACGAGGCCGCCUGCCUCCUCAGGGGUGCGAACACGCGCACCAACUUCGCCACCGGCGCGCACGCCUCGCCGCAGGACUCGCCUCUCGCGUCGAGGAUCCGGGCUCUCCUCAGCCACAAGAAGCUCAAGAAGAACGCAUCCCGGUCCACCAUCACCUUCAGCCCCACAGCGUAUCUUCAUGCUGGCGCCAUCGCCUCAACCGCUGCGACCAGCACAAGUACCAGCACCAUUACCGCCACAACCACCAGCAGCGUCAGUCCUAGCAGCAGUGCUAGCUCAACGAUCAACUUCGCCAUGAGCAGCGGCGGCAUUCGCACCUCCAUCCUCCCAGCUCAAAGCAUAACUGAGCAAGUCUACAGGCCAUACUUGAUCAGUGGAAGUGAGGAGUUCCAGCUAGCCUCACAGCAGUAUGAACAAUCAUGGGCACUCAACAACAGCCUACCGCCGACAGACGGAAGCGACAUGGCUAACGACAAUGCUUGCUCGGUGAUUGCAGAGGUGGACAAGAUCAAGACGGAGAAGCAAAGCCCUGCAUCACCCCAUGGCAUGGACAGAGUCCAGGACCAGGAUUUCUUUGACACUGGAAAUGAUCCAUCUGACUCCUUGUGGGACCUGCCGCCUAUUUGCCCACUGUCUUGCAGGUCUUUAAUGUAUUAGUUUAGAUAAAGAUUUUG